AUGGCGCUGUCUCGUGGCAUGGUCCUCUUCUUCCUGCUCCUCCUCGUCGCAGCAGAGAUAGGGACGAUCGAUGCCAAGAAGAAAUCAAAGUUUGCCAAGAAGACCGCAAAGUCCCUAACGAAGGAUAAGGAGGAGGAGAAGAAGGAGGAGGAGGAGAAGAACCACUGCCUGUCGCAGAGCCACCACUUCAAAGGCUUCUGUUUGAGUAGCGACACCUGCGCCGAGGUGUGCCAGAAGGAGGGCUUCCAUGGCGGCGAGUGCAAGCUGCAUAAUGCCAUGCGCAAGUGCUUUUGCAAGAAGCCUUGUUAG